GAUAAUUGCGUGGAAUUAUUUUUUAAAUAUAAAGAGGAAUUUGAUAAUACUAUCUCAAGUGAAACACAGGGGAGUAUAAAUCCUUGUCUAUAUUGUAAUAUAAAAGAUGGCAAUUUAAUAAUUACUUAUGAAAAUUUUACUACUGCUUGUCAGAAUAUUGGUAAAUAUAUAAUUAAAAAAAGAUAUAGUUAUAAAACUGAUAGCAACAAAUGCUGUAAAUACAUGAAUUACCGGAUAAAUAAAGAAAAUUAAUAUAGUAAGGAUUAUAGUUGGUUUAAUGGAUAUAAAGAAUUUUCCUCCAAUAUAGAUAAUACAUGUAUUCGAGAAAUAAAAAAAAUUGAUAAACAUAUUUUGGAGAAUUUAUAUGAGGAUUUUAUGAAUUUUACAUCUCAAAAGGAUAAAGCCACAAUUAGUUGAGAAAAUCCUAAAAAUUGUUAUAAAUUUUACAUUGAAAAUUACAAGAAGUGUGAAGAAAAUUGAAUGAACGAAUUUUUCGAAGACUUAAGCAAUUUUAAAAAAGCAUAUGAUGAAACAAUGGGAGAUGUAUCUAUAUGUCCACAUGUACCAAAAAUUUUAGCAAAAAUUAUGCACAGUAGUGUGAAUAUUCUACCAAAAUGAGUAGGUUCAUGUUCAUUAAAAAUUACCUGCACAAAAUAAUUAUAUUUUUAUGUAUAUAUAUAUUAUUUUUUCAUAUAGUUUACUCCUAUAAAAUCGUCGUUACAUAGUCGCUUAAAAAGGAAAAAAAUAAUUGAACUUGAAGAAGAAACAUAAGAAUCCUUACAAAAUAUACAAAAUGUAAAUAUAAAUUAUAGACAGACUUUUCAUAAUAUAAGUUAUCAACCUCAC